AUGACUACGAAUCGCUGCCGUCCGGAAGGUCACAACACCUCGGACGGGUCGGUACGAGUUCAACUGUUUCCCGACCUGUGGCCAGGCCGCAGCGUCUGCGAUGACGAAACGUGUGACGCCGACCCGAUACCGCUGACUAGUCCGGUAAAACCACCAUGACAAAAAUAUAUCGGCGCAUUUAUUUUAGUGAAUAUCCCCUACUACCUUUCUUCGAAAAAAAAAAAAAAAACACCACGAUCAGAUAGAUCAAACCUUCCACUUAAAUUUUGGACUCUCCCCGGUUACGCCUUCCCCCAGUGUAUAGAGUGUAUAUCAAAUAUUAUUUAUCGGUACCAAAUCUACGAUUUCAACCAUCAAUUGUUUAUUUUUUAGCUGUCAUAUAGCAAGUUCUAAAAACACAUAAUCGAAAUAUGAAGGUUAAAAAAGUGUUAGGUAUUUUACAUUUUAUUUUUCAAAAAACCAACUUUUUAAAUAAUUUCAAAAAAUACCGAUGAAGUUAGGUUAAUGGAAUAUAGUCAUUUAAAAAUUGUAUUAUUUACGGUUUAUGUAUAAAACCGAUUUUUAAUUUUAGUUUGUUUUACGUAGCUUCGGUUUUGGUAAUUUUUGUCUGUUACAAAUACAUUAAUGGCAAAUUAUUCUACUGUGACGGUUUCUUAAUAUUAUAUUAUAAUACACAGUGUUUAAUUUUGACGAAAAUUUUACCCCAUAAUUGCUUUAUAACACUUUACACCAACAUUAAUUUCUUGACGUGACCGAAACUUAAACAAUAGUAUUAUGUGGCCCAGUUUUCUGAUUGCGAAUAAAAUGUGAUUAAUUUAUUGUAAACCGGCGAUUUUUUCGGGAGAUUUUAAAUGAAUUUUGCUCUGCACUAUUUUAAACAGACUUUUAAAUCAUUAUGUUGUGGAGUCGUUUAUAAUCGUAAUUAUUUUAGCAUCAUUUUAAAAUGCUUACCUCUAUUCCGUAUGUAAUAUUUAAUAAGCAGAAAUGCCUUGGAAUUUUCAAUAAGAAGGAAUGUAGGCAGUAAAUUCUAAUAAUGGUUCCUUGUCUUCUGUUAUAUCUAAUCCAACAAUGAGAAUUUAAAAGGCCUAUCUCUGAAAAAGCAAAUUUUUAUUGAACGGAUCCUCGUAACUUGACUGAAAUAUAUAAUAUAAUGUUUACUAAGUAUCGACAAUUACUAACAUUCAUAAUUUUUGUAUUUUUAAGCCGAUGUGGAGAUGGAGGAUAUAACCUCUAACGCCUCCCUUUCUUUAUACGCAACGGAAAAUAUGUAAUUUGCGCUUAAGAUUUUCAAAUAGCAACACUUUUUAUCGUCUAAAAUGGAUAUGAACUUCAUUUCGCCUUCCUUCUUUGAUAAAUUUUAAAUUGCUACAAUAACUUACUACUCAUAACUGAUAAAUUCAACACUAUAUUGUUAUGCGUAUCAAAAUUUAAAAAAUAAAUAUAUAUAUAUAUAUUGGUUCUCCAUGUGAAUCUGUGUUUAAAAUGAGGGAGUUUCUAUUUGAUAAACAAAUGUGUACUGAUUUUAGAUAAUACAAAUGUUAUAAUAAGAAGUAGAAGUAAAGCAAAUUGGAAAUAAUAUUAAAAUAGUUGAUCUUAAAACGAUUCCAUAUGAAAAAAAAAAAAUCAGAAAUCAAAUUCACUCAAAAUGUUCCAAGUUUGUCACCGGUUUGGAAGAAGGGUUUUGUUAGGGGAAUACAUUUAUGCACGGUGGGGGGGGGGUAAAUAUCGGUUUUAUACAAAUUCCAAAAACUUUCCAGUAAUUUGUCCUCAACUAUAUUGUACUCGUAUAUUAUCUUUAUGACAAUAAUUAAGUUGUAUUUACGUACGAUAUAAGCAUAAAAUGGGUCAAUUAAAAUGAUGGAAAUUUGAAAUAGGCAGUGAUUCCUAGCGAUUAUGUUAAGUGUCGUCGUAUCUGUAAAACGUGUACCUAUGAGAAAGUUUUUCAAAAAUUACAAAAAAACAAACGUUUUCCCUGAAUUUGAUACUAAAUGAGCCAAUAAUAAUCAUCGGAGUCGACAAUUUUUAAUUUUUUAAUUUAAUAAUUUAGGCCCGGAAUAAUAAUAAUAAUAAUAUUUCAUUUAGAAAAAAAUGCACAACAAGUUAAAAGAAACAUAAUGUAAAUGACUGUCUUCAAUUAGGAAAGAAUAGUAUAGGGUCACAAUAUUAGGCAAUCGUCGCGGAAAGAAAUAUUGACGUUCGAUUAUAUUUAUUCGGUUUUUUUUUUUUUUCUAAUAAUUAAUUGCGAUUAGUUGUUAUUGUCUCGUGAACGUCAGAAAAUCUAUUACACGAUCGAAUUUCGUUUUUGAAAAUAAUCAUCAUGGUUAAUUCGUUUUUAUUGUAAUCAAGCGCCGACCGAUAUUCUAACUAAAAUAUAGGUAUACGAUAAAUAGGUAACACGAGGUAUAACAUAAAAAAAAACAAUGUAAAUAUCGAAUCAAAUGUAUUCAACAGCCGUGAAUCGAUUCCAGCAUUUUGCCAUUUCUUAAGCCAUCUGCUAUAUGUGUACAUGAUUUUAUGUAGAUUAUUAAUAAAUUAUUUAUAAUUAUCAAUAAUAUUUCUAUAAUUUUAUGAAAACAUUGAUUUUGUAUAAUAAAACAUUUUUGAUAUUUUACCACGUCUCUGCAGCACAAUAUUCGAUUAACGACAACAUUAUUAUUAUAAAUACGUAAUUUUAUUUCUCCUGUAAACGAAAUAAUAAUAUUAUAAGUACCUGCCGAAACGAUGAAUUAUUGUAAAGUAUAAUAUUAACUCGUAUUUUAUAUCAGUCAAGAGGGCGCCACACAAGUACAAAAAAAAACGAGUUUUACUUUUUCUAGAGAUUCAACAAUUCUAUACGGUGUAGAAUGGAAUAUUUUUUUGUAUCCAGUACUUUUAUUUUUUGAAAAAAUUAUUUCGGAAAAUAUUAUUGAAUCAUUUACUUUCACGGUUUUAUGUGUUUUUCAAAUGUUUGUUAAAUAUAGUUAAGUUAAGUAUAGUUUUUUCGAAAAAAAUAAAAACACUGGGGCAGAGUAUCGUAUACGCCUUACUGAAUAGAAUGCAACACUUGCAAAGUAAAUGUUUAAAAAACACCAAAAAUAACAGGAUUGGCGGGCAUACGCGUAUAAUAUAUUAAUACCCUGCGUAUAAAACGUAUAACUGUAUAAAACAUAAGAAAUAUUAAGUAUACAUAUUUUUCUUUAAAAUGUAUAAUUAUUAAUUAUUAUUAUAGUGAAAAUACUGUAAAUUUCAAAUUUCAAUAAUUAUAAACUUAUAAAUUAAUUUACCACAUUAACACAUCAAGUCAACAUGUUGAGUAUUUUCUUAAAUUUAGAAUAAAACAAAUUUCUUUUUUAUUAUAAUAAAAUAUAAAUAUUAAUGUAUUUUUUAAUAAAGAAUAAAGAUGAACUUAGUUACCUACUAAUAUAACAAAUUAUUACAUAGGUACCUAUAUCUUAGAUGAUUCAUUAAUACUUCUUAAUAAGUCUUCUUUGGUAAAUCUGAGGUUAUUUAAUACUUAUUUGAUUGGUUAUAUUUUUCUCCGGUUUUAAGUGAAUAAUAUACUCUUAAACAUUUUUUGAUCGAUCCAGUGAUAAUAUUUUUCACAAAUUGUUAUACAUAUAAGAUGAACUUGAAAAAAAUUCUCCAAUUGGGUUAGAAAAGAUACUUAAUGCGUGGUAUAGUAUCUACAGCCGUGAUUAUAACUACAGAUAUAUGGAAUGAUGUUUAAUUGACUGUAGUUAUCAGUUGAUAAUUAUGGUACCUGAUAAUUAUUGUUCAAUGCAACCAUAAAAAAAAUUAUUUUAUGUAGCAGUAGCGGUUCUAACAUUACAUUUUUGAGGAGGCUACAACUUUGUACCAUUUUAAAUACUCAGGUAACACAAAAAUAUUUUUACAAUCUUUUCUAAAACGUAAUCGGAAUAUUAAAAAAAAUGUUUCGAAAACUAUUUUAAAAUGUCUUAACGGUCACUUUUAGGUUUGUGAAAUAAUAUAUACUAUAUGUUUUAAAAAUAUAUAAAAUACAGUAUUUUCAAUUAAGUUCAGUUCAAUUCAGUUCCCAAUACUCCUUCGUUUUAUUUAAAACCCAUAUUUUGUCUUUUAAAAUUAAUCAGAGAACUGCUUCACUUUCACUAGUUCUCAUAAUUAAGUAACUAGUAAUUUACAAUUUUGGCAACAGUUGUGUUUAAUAAUUUUUACAAUUAUUAUUUUAUUUUGUUUUGUUACACUAGUCACAGACUAUUGUUGUUUCUUAUAUUAUAAAUUAUUAACCAGUGAAUUAUGUUAUAAUUUUUUACAAAUUCAAAAAUGACGUCCUAGGAUAAUGGUAACGGGUGCAGCCGCUGUUAUAUGUAAUUUAAUGUAAUUAUAUCUGUAAGCAACGAUAAACCAUUGCUUACGAAAAAACGAUUCUGAACGGAGUUCAGUUGAUAUAUUGAUGCUUAAUCAACAAUAUAUAUGUCAUAUUACAGUAAAAUAAUUAAAUAGGUUUUCUAUAUUCUCUUUAAUAAUAUUUGUUUAAUGUUGUACCUUUUUUUCCAGAUUUUCUAUGUUUUUCUCGGUUUUCCCAUGUUUUAUCCCGGUUUUUCACAUUUGCCUGGAAAACUCUUGGGAAAAUUGAAAAAUGACCUAAAAUACUUUCCAAGUUAAAUUUUCUUUUAGAAACAUUGCUAUCAUAAAUUGGAGAAAAAUUGUUGGUAGAAAAGUUGUGCACAGAAAAAAAAUCGUAAUAUAUUUUAACUAAUACCUAAACAAUUUUGUUUAAAUUUCUAAAAAAAUGUUAUAAAAUGAAUAGUUAUAUUAAUUUCUAUUAUAUUAUAAUGUACAAUUAAAAUUGAUUGAGCAUGGAUGAACAAUUACGGUAAAUGUAUCACAUAAUAAUAGUUCAUAAUUUGAGCAUGUUGUAACCCCGACGGUUAUCUGGAGGGAAUUUAACGGCGCAACGAGCGUUUACUGUUCAUUCGAUAUACGCGAAACGGUACUUUUCUCUCGUGGAACGGACUAUAGGUUAUAAUGUUAUGCCUACUAAGUGAAAAUUAUUAUGAAUUUGUUUUAUAGAAUACAAACACAAACUAAUUAAUUUUUUAAAAAUUUAAAUCCAAACAAAUUUCUAUCAUUUGCUAAUAAAUAUACCAAGUUGACUAAAAUUAUGCUAAUUAUAAAAUACAAUUUGUAUAAAUUUAGGAAUCAUUUUUUAUUUUAUUUGUAUUGUUUAUGUUUUAGCCGUCAAGGAGAAAAAAAUUGACGUUAACGCCGGAACUUCGUCAAUUACCGGCAGGUUUCAUAAAGAGGGGGUAUUCCUCCGGGUUCGUAUAUUAUACUUAUAAGUUGAUAAAUUAAAUUAAUUAUGUCAGUGGUGUAGUCGAGCGUAUACGGCGUGUAUACACUUCUUGGUUUUUUGAUAAUGUGUAUAUUGAAAACUUUGAAAACGCGGGUAUACGUUCACAGAACGUGUCAACGAUGUUGUAUGAAAACAAAAAAUGACCUUUUUUUUCGUUUUGCUUGUCGGCCAUUUACAAAUCUGUAAUCUAUGAAAUCUCAAGCUGUAAUUAUGCCAUUAGCCACUGCGUACAGCUAUUAAAAAAUAUACGACUACAUCACUGAUUAUAUUAUAUUAAGUGGCGAUAUAAAAUAUUAUAUUAUACGUAUCCACGAUUAAAACUGUUGUUUUCUGUAUUAUAUUAGUGGUUCUGCAAGUUUCGUAAACUCGAAUGGUUUUGGAUAUCUGUAUCAGGAAAAUGGUACCAAACUGCAGGCUGCCACCACGUUGCAGGAAACGAUGGAACUGAUUAGUGAAAGUAUAUCGAUGGACCGGAAUAGUUUUAGCGAUUUCGCCAACGAUCUAAAAUGUCAAGUGGUACAGCUGGAAGAAGAAAUUUACCGGAAAACGGCUAAAAUUGAAAACUUGCAACUGUACAACUCGGAGAAAUUAAAAAUCAUCAACUCGUUGAUUACUGCGUUAAACGAGACCCAAUGGAAACGCGACACGAUGCUACGGAUGUGCCAGGAACACGCACCUAAUAAACUCUAUAAAAGCAUGGUACUCGUCAACCGGGUUUCGGAUAAAAUGCCGGCGUUUCACUCGAAUCUGGAAACAUUACGAUCGUAUGCGAACAGUUUGGAUGCGAACGACACCGCGUUAUGCCAAGUGAUUGGACAGUUGGUGUCGGGUCUUGAUGAAUGUAUCGGCGUGAUCAACAAAGCUGCGAGUAAAGAGCCGUCUGAUACGCUUUUGGAUGAAACAAAUUUUAACAGCACUAUCAAAAAUAUUAUUUACGGUUUAAGAAAUUUUCCGUCUUCUGCCGUAGAAACCGACGGACCUCAGAAAAGUUCCGUGGCGUUUAUCGAUCGCACCAGUACCAACAACGAAGAACGUAAUAAGAAUUUAAAAAAUUUGAUCGAAUUGUGGGAAGUUGUUAAAAACCUAUCACAGAGCAAUCAAUAUUUGGCAAACCGGGUCGCGUCGAUGAACAUACACAAAACCAGUUUGCAGUACCAACUUAAUGAAAUGGAAAACAGCACCAAAGAGCUGGAGCUUAAGACGAUUACGGAAAUCGAACAGGUUGAAAAAAAACAGGAGAUACUGAACCGAAAUGAAUCCAUGAUUCAACAACGUUGGGACGAAUUGAACACCAGUCAAGAAAUAGUGAUACAGACACAUCGGGCUCAAGAAAUUGAUCAAGAAGUGGAAGAUCUUCAAAUAGAAUACGACAAGUAAUAUAUCAUUGGUCCCAGGGUUGAAACGCUUAAGUAAAUUUUAGAUUCCAAGCGAAGCUAUUGGUUUAAUAAGAUGUAUAUUAAUUUUUUUUUUUAUUUUUUUUUCUUCUAAUUUGUGGACAAGUUUUUUCCUAAUAAACUUGCUCCUAUUUUUACGUAUAACAACUUUUUUUAAAGCUUAAGUGGUCUUUAUGGUACUAUAAAUAGGUCAUUUUUUCGAUUUAUAACGCCAUUCUGUAAAUAAAAGCACUUAAGUGGGAAAAAACGUAGGAAAACGUAAAAUUUCACGAUUUCAUUAUUUUAUAAAAACACGGACGACGUUUUCUACCAGAAAAAAUGAUUUAAUCGAAAAAUCACAAGGUACCUGUUUUGUUGCCUUUUUGAUUUAAUUUAUUACGGUACCACCGCCAAAACUUUUGAGCUACGUUUGAGAUUUUAGGGAAUUUUGAUUUUUGGGAGUUUUUCACUAUAAUUCAGUUAAAAAUACACAAAAAGACUUGAAACUUGGUAAUGAUAUUUAUAUUUGACUAACCUAGACUUGGUAAAAUUUCCAAAAUCAUCGGAUAACUUUUUUUUUUAAUUUUUAACAAUGGUACUUUUUUUUUUAUACUGUAGACCACUUUUAUCCUAGAAAACUUGCUCCUAUGUAAAGGAGCACAUAGCGUAUAGUGUUGCACAUUUUCUGAAAAUCAAUUUUAUCUAAUUGGUAAAUAAAUAAGUCAUUUUUUGACUCUCGAAAAGGUAUUUAAAAUAAAAACGAUUAACCGAGCAAAAAAUAAAUUUUUUUCAUGACUUUGUUCUUUUAUAUAAGUACCUACCACGUUUUCUAGCAAAAAUAUAGCUCCAAUUAAAAAAUUACAAAAUACCUUUUUUGUUUAGUUAUUAAUUUUUUUUUUUUUUUAUCACGCAGGUCGUUUUUUGAUUUUCGAAUUAAUUUUUAUAAUAACGGGAAAAAACGUAGGAAGGUUAGGUUAAAAAUAAUUAUAGCACUUCAAUUAUAUAUCUAUUACCGAACUGCGCUCGGAAUCGUCUUUCGUCAGCAAUUGUUUAUCGUUGCUUACAGAUUAAAUGAAAUAACCUUAUCUAUCCUACCUUCCCAACUUUUCACCUACAACAGCAGCCACACCCGUCCCCAGUAUCAGCUCUGACAUAGCGAUUGAUUUAACUAUGUGUUUUUUGUUGUUUUUUUUGUGUCUGAGCAACUUUUUCAACAGAAUUCUUGCUCUAAAAUAUCAAGUGUAGCACCUUUUCGAAUGGUAAUUUUAUCUAGUUAAUGCAUUGAGGAAGCGUUGUUUUUGACUUUCUAAGAAGUUUUAAAAUGAUUCGGAACAAAUAGAAACAAAAUUAUAAGUAAACGCCAUUUGGUCGUAACCAGUUUCCGCCAAAAUCGACCUAUUCGUUAUUAUACCGCCGGUAUAAUAACUUGUGUAUGCAUUUUCCGACACAACAAAUUUCAAUUUUUCUAAUUUGGUAACUCCUUACUGUAAGAAUUAAAAUACAUAUUAUAUUAUAGAUUAGGAAAUCCGAAAUAUUAAAGUAGUGUUAUACAGUAAAAACUCUUUAUAACAAAUCUUAAGGGAACAAGAUUUAUUUAUUUCUAGAGAAUUUUCGCAAUAGAGAAGGAGAAAAAUACUAAUGCAUGAGUUAUAAAGCAAACCAACCAUUAUUAAGCAGUUUUUACGUUACUUAGAAUUUUUCGUUGUAAAAAGUUUUCACUGAAUUAAUAGGAAAGAUUAUGUUCGGAUCAAAUUCGAACAAUUCAUAAUUUGUUAAUUAAUUUAUUGGUUUUACUAAAAUGUUUAUUUGUCUUUUUUUAUACUGUGUACAAAAAUUCUACCAGAAAUCUUGCUCCGAUAUAUAUGCGCGGUACCAUUUCUGAAAGAGCAUGUCCAGAUGGUACUUUUGGGAGGUCAUUUUUUGAUUUUCUAAGUAGUAUUCAUAAUAUCUGGGAAAAACUAUGAUAAAACGUAAAAAAAAAUUUACGAAAAUAAUACUUUUAUUAUUUUUUAAUUUUGUUAUUUGUUGUAAUCCAGUUUAAAAUAUUUGUAGAGACUUAAAAUUUGGACAGAAAACUUAUAUUUGACUUUUCUAGACGUGGUAAAAUUUUUCAAAAAAUUUAGCACUUAGUUUUUCGCUAUAACCUAAACACGGAAAAAACAAAUGCAUUUUAGGUGUACCUAGAUACCCAGCUAUCGCUCACUCGGACUAUUUUAAUCGAAAAAUACCUCUGGAUUUGUUGUAGAAACUUUUCUACAAGAAAUCUUACUCCGAUAUAUCAAGUGUAGCAUAUUUUCUAAAAGUAAAUUUCAUUUCCGUGGUUAUUUAAAUAUGUCAUUUUUCGAUUUUCCGGUAAGUUUUCUCAACAAAUGUGAAAAACUGAAAAAAAAACAGAGGAAAACAGAAAAAUAUACGAAAUGUAUGUAUUAGUUGAAAAAUAUUUCGGCCUUCAUAUUUCUUGUGAAUAACUUUUUUACCAGCAAUUUUACUCAGAUUUUCAAUGAUAGCGAUUUUUCUGAAAAAAAAUCUGACUGGGAAGGCACUUUAGAGAGGUCAUAUUUUUAUUUUCCUAUGAGUUAUCCCAGAAAAUAUGAAAAGCCAGGACAAACGUAAGGAAAACGUGAAAAUCAAUAAAAUAUUAAACAAGUAUUAUUAAAGAAAAUAUAGAAUGCCUAUUUAAUUAUUUUACCAUAAUAUGACAUAUUUAUCGUUGACAAAGCACCACUAUCAACUAAACUGCGCUCAAAACCGUUUUUUCGUUAACAAUGGUUUAUCGUUGCUUAUAGAUAUACAUUAAAUUACCUAUAACAGUGACUGCAUCCGUUUCCGUUAUCCUGAGGCUCGUUUCACACUUAUACGGUUUGGUUCGGUUCGGUGCGUAUUCGAUUCGUUUUCGAUAGCCGCCGAAAAAGUGUGAAACGGUGAUACGGUGUGUGUUCGGUACCUAAUAGACAACUAUUAGAACCGAAAGCCCCCUCGACACGAAUCGGUUUCGUACGGUUUCGAUUCGUUUCCAAAGUUCACAAAAGCAAUUGGUCGUUUACACACAUACGGUGUUGUUUCGGUUCGGUCACGAUUUCGGCAAGGGAAAAUAUUAUUUCAUUUUCAUUUUCUCAUUUUAAAUUUUGUUAUUUACAUUUGGCAAUGUGUAAACAUUGAUAUUGAUCAGCUAAUUCCAUCAGUCCAAUCACGUGUAGUGCUGUAGGAUAAAACAAGUGAAAAGUAUAAAGAUAAAUUUAAGACCCUGGAAACAUGGAAACCUGUCGUAGACAUCCUGAAGUAAUUUGAAAAUUUGUCAUCGUGCUCCCUAAAUUUCGGAAAAAGGGUAUAAAAUGCACCAAACUCCACCCGUUUGGUGAUGAUAGAGUGUACCCAGUAAAGUCGAUUAUUCCUCUUUCGUUUUUAUAGAGAAAUAACAUGGUAACAAUUUGUCUUUUCUCCAUAGUGAGCAUUGUAGACAUAGUGGGCGACUGCGUAUUUGAUGAUUCGGUUGUGAAAUUAAACCUGAUACUAACCGAAUGUGUGUAAAGAGUUUUCAUUCGUUUUCGGUAGCCGCCGAAAACGAAUCGAAUACGCACCGAACCGAACCAAACCGUAUAAGUGUGAAACGAGCCUAAGACAUUUUUUUUUUUUCUUUUGUUUAACAAUUAUUUUAAACAAUUAAAAUUAAAUACACUUGCCUAAUCAAAUUAUCCUUUUAAUUUUGUUUUCUUAGUCACGACAAAGAAAACAGACAGUUGAAAACGGACUUGAAUUAUCUCAGAAACGAAUUAAAUGAAUAUCGGAUGAAAUGUGAACGAUUGGAAAAGGAAACCAAACGGAUAGAAACUGAGAAAAAUAAUGUUUUAGAAGAGUACGCCAAAUCUUGGGGACAUCACAAUUCGAAACAAAAGAUAAAAUAUACUGGGAGACUUAUCAAAGAUAUAGACUGUAUAACUCAGGUAAUUAUAAUCUAUUUAAACUAAUUUAUCGGUAUUUACAGUAUUAGAUUCAAGUUUAAUAAAGAAAUUAUUCAUUUUACUAAGAUGAGUUUUAUGUGGUUGGCAAAAGUGUUCUAAAUUUUUCACGGCAUAUAUCUUACAAUACAUAUAUCUUACAAAUGCAAAUUAUUCACUUGUUGAUAGAUUUUGUAAUAGAUUUUAUAUCUACUUCACUGUUUAAAGGAAAUCAAAUGGUUGGAAACUGAAAUCCAAGCCGAAAUCGAAAAACAAGACCAUGGUGUUGUCAACGUAAAUACUUCUGGUACCGGCUCAAGAACUCCAGUGUUCAGUAAGAUUCAGCCAAAAUCCGAAAAAAUUCCGCAGACGCCAAAAACGUGCGGAAUUGUUGAAUCAAACAAACGGCAAAAUUUGGGCAUGUUUCGGGAGAGCGUUGUUAGUAAAUUACAUUACCAGUAGAUUUGGAUUUGAUACCAUAAUAAUGUGAGUCCAACGGGUGAAUUAAUAUUACAAUACAAUUUUUUUUUUUAAAUUUAAUAUUAGAUUUUGAGUGGAGCAAGAAAUUUAUUGGUUUUAUAUUUAUUUUUUUUGUGAACUAAUUUUUUACCAGAAAAUUUGACCAGAUUUUCAAGUGUACCUCUCUUUCCGAAAGGAAAUUUGAUUUGGGUGAUAAUUUAAAUUUUUUAAUUUUCCUAAGGGUUUUCAUAAUAAAUGGGAAAAACCGAGAAAAUACAGUAUAAUUAACCGGAAUAUACAAUAAUAGACAAAUAUUAUUAAAGAAAAUAUAAAAUGCGUAUGUAAUUAUUUUACUAUACAAGGAAAUAUGUAUUGUUGACAAAGCAAUAACUAACCUAAACUAACCGAACUCAGCUCAGAAUGGCUUUUCGUUGGCAAUGGUUAAUUGUUGCGUAUAGAUACAUUACAUUCCUACCUAUAUUCUACCUUCUAAACUUCCCACCUACAAUAAUGGCUGCACAGUGCAGUCUGCACCCAUCAACAUUAUUCUAGGAUAUCUUUUAAAACUGUUAUAACUAAGGCAAAGAAGUUAUAGGAUGUAAAAUUGGAUAAAUAUACUUACAAAAAAUUAAAAAUAUACAUUCACACCAUUAGAUAUGCAAAAAAUAUAUCCAAAAACAUGUAUAUUUUAGAAAAAUUAUUUAAAAAAUUAAUUGUUUUGUAAAAAUCAAUACAUUAUUAUGUAAAUAAAUAUAAAAUUAAUCUUAAUUUACUUGAAUUUUCAUUAUUGGUUAGUUUAUCUUUAAUCUUGAUAUUAUACUUAAAAUAAAUAUUAAAUGUAUUAAUAUAAAAGUAUUUUUAAAGUUACUUUUUCUCACUUGAUAAACUAUUGUGUUGCACAACUAAUGUUUUUUUUUUUUAUAUUUUUUACGUUAAUGAUCUCAAAUUGUUAGCUAGUAUGGUUUUGUAGGGAGAACAACUUCAUUCAACGUUUGUAGAUGUUGUUGGUGCUACUUUAAAAAAAUUAAAUCAUUUCCAGUUAAAUCUGUUGGUAAACAAUCUAUCAAUGAAAACUCUUCAUUUAAAGUUUUUAAAUAUUUUAAUAUUAUAGCGAAACCAUAAUUUUUUUCCAAAACUUGGUUAACAUUUUUUUUUACUUUCAUUCUAAUGUUACCAACAACUAAAUAAAAUAUAUUUUUUGUGAUAAUACUGUUGUUACUGAAUCAGUUAAUAACACUCCUUGAGAUUCUAAUUUAGUUAUUGAUGGUAAAAACCCAUGGUUGGAAUGUGCAAAAGUCAAAUUUGGUUCCAUUGACAUUUCAUUUAGAAGUGCUUGAGAUUAUUUUAUAGAUGCAGCAUCAUUAGAAUCAAAAUGCUACAUAAUAUCUCGUAUUUGUUUAAAAUUUUGACAGUAAUAAGAAUUAGUUUCAAUCCAAGUAACCCGACGUGUGAGUAUAAGUUCGAGAGGAAAAGGAAAUCCAGGAGCUUCUAUUUUAAUAAAACAUGUGAAAAGUGUUUAAAAAUUCUUGCUUUCCUUGUACCAUUAAUUUAUUAACUCUGGGAAUAUGACUCCGAAUAUUUUCUGCCAAUCUAUGUAAUCCGCGUGCUAUGCAAGUAAUAUGAAUAAUAAGAAUCAUCUUGGAGUACAGAGCUUUAAUAUGUGUCCCUUUGUACCUGUAUAUAUACAGUAUAUACAAUACCAUACAUUUUUUAAUCAAUUAAAAAUUCGGUAAUUUUUCUUUCAAAAAUGUAUUAAUAUGUAGAAUAUGUAUGAAAUUUGCACAAAAUAUGAACAAAAUAAUAAAAUAUAUAUUUUUAUUGAAAAUUGCCAAAAUAUGCAAACAAAAUUUUAUAUUCUACUUUUGGAGCUUAUGAUUUAUACCUUGAGUCGCUAUGAAAUAAAGGCCCAGGAAAAAACAUAAAAAUCCUCUAACUUCUCUGCCCUGGUUAUAACAAAUAUAUUUGAUUUCAUUAAUCAACAAUUUUGUUUCUGUAGUGAUAUUAGUGGUAAUAUCGAUAUUAUUAUUAUAUAUUUUUAGUUUGCGUAUAUUAUUAUAAAGAUGAGUAGAUGGCAUUUCCAUUAGGUAUGAAUAAAAUAUAAUUUGUUAGUUAGGUAUUACUUAUUAGUCAUUUGUUAUUGUCCAAUGAUUGAAAGUUGAUUAGUAGUGAUUUCAUGUGAACAUUAUUCUGUUGAAUAAAUAUCCAGAUUUUGAAACUGAAAUGAUUAAUGAAUGUUUAUAUUAUAUUCACUUUGUCAAAAAUUUUUAUUUAAACAAAAAUGUGUACUCAUUAAAUUACUACUUAAAUUCAAUACGAGGGCUAAUCAAAAAGUAUCAAGACUGGUAGUAUCAUUCGGAAAAGGAGCAUCGAAGAGCAGUAGGAUUGGUAUCACUUGCUUCUAUGACUUUUUUUGAGUAAAUUUGUUUUAUUGCUUCUCUAUAAAAUUCUUCGGUUUGAUUUCACUGAUAUUUUUGUAAAAUAUAUUUUUCGAGUUUGGCGAUUUUGUAAAAACCCAAAAGAAGNAGCGAGUUCCGCUUCUUUUGGAUUCAUUACGAAAUCACCAAACGUGAAAAACAAAUUUUAGAAAAAUAUCGUCAAAUCAAAACGAAGAAUUUUAUUAAAGAGAUUUUAUACGAAUAGAUGUGCUCAGUAUAAGUCAUAGAAGCUAGAUUUACAAAUCGUUUUGCUCUUCAACGCUCGGUUUCCGAGUAAUAUUAUCAGUCUCGAUACUUUUUGAUUAGCUCUCGUAUAUUUGGAAACUGAGUUAAAAUAAAUAAUAGUAGGUAUUAUAUUAUAUAUAAUUAUUACCUUAUGUAUUAAUCUUUAUUAAUCUUAUUUUAAUAUGGUGAACCUGAACUGAAUAAAUUUUCAAAAAUAUGAUCUACAAUGUUACAAUGUAAAUUAGUUUAUAUUUAAUUUGUAGAACUUAAAUUUGAACUAGUUCGUUUUUAAAAAAUAGUUUCCCAUCACAAUUUAUCCAAUAAUUUUUCAACUUCCUGUCUACUAAACUGGCCAAUCCAUGGUGCAAACUAUGUCCAAUUAUUGACUAUUGUAAGAAACUUUUGAAUUAUAUUAGUUCUGAUUUUAAACUUUAAAUAUUUAUCACUAUUAAUAUUAAUAUAAUGUAUGUAUUUAAAUUUAUUUGAAUAAUAAUGUCUACUUUACAGGUAGUGUCUGCAUAACAACUUUUUAAUUUAUACAUCAUAUCCAGCCAAUUUUUAUUUUAUUUUAUUUCAACCAAAUUACAAGUAUUUUAAUACUAUAUAUUAAUUAAAUGAAUUAUAAUUUUUUUUUCAAAUUUUAAAAUUCAUAUUUGAUGUGUAUUUUUUUUAAUUUAAUGAUAUUUAUUUUAGAAAUGUUAUUUUUUUUUUUAAACCGUUCAAACUAUUAAUUUAUAAAAACAAAAAAGUGCCGUGUGGUUGUUAUUUAGAGAUAAAUUGUAAUUAUAAUUAAUGUAUAUAUGUGUAAUGAAAUAAACAGAAUAGGCAAAGAUUUAAUUUUUGGUAAGCAUAUAUACCUCAUGUAUAAAAUAUUAUUAUUACUAAUAAGAAUUUAAAAAAAAAAAAAAAAUGUAACAUGUUUAUUUUAUAUAAGUUUGUGUGGAUCGAUUGGUGUGGACAACACAUAUAAUCAAUGAGCAACUUUUUAAUAAUAAUUUACAGACCAUUUCAUUAAUUUUAUAUAAUGAUGAUUUUUUUUAACAUAAUGUUGAUAUUUUUGUUUUUUUUGUUUUUUGAUUAUUUUUUAUUUGAUAAUAAAACAAAAAUAAUCAAGAAUUAUAAUGACUGUAUAUACCUUUAUUUUUUAAUCCUGAAUUCGAAAUGACAUACAAAAGAGGGUGAAGUAAUCUAUUUUUUCAAACUAUUUUAAUGUUGAAAUUUAUUCGGGCAAAAAAGAUAUAGAGAAGUUUUACAAUACUGACAAAUAUUAAAAUAUGGACUACUAACUUUCUUCCCUUCAUCUCUUGUGUCUCUAAAAUAUUUUUUGCGAGGAGAAAUAUGUGCCCAUAUAUACGGCCGCCAGUAGCGCCUCUUAAGUCAUCAACUGCGAGGACGACAGUAUAUUUUAUACAAUUAAAUAAAAGUGCAAUUAAAAUAUGCAUUUAAACAUUUCAAAAUAUACAAUUAUAUACCUUAAAAUGUAUCAAAUAUACCUAUUUUUUAACAAAUAUAUGAAAAAAAAGAUGUUAAUAUUAAUUUAAAAUAGAUUAUAUAUUGCAUGCAUUAAAUAUACACAUAUUUUAAAAAUUACAAAGUUUUACAAAAAACUGAGUUAAUAUUAGUUCGAAAUAUAAAUGAUUCAAAAUCAAAAAAUAAAAUAAUUCAAAAGUUUAAAUUGUACAUAUGUUAAAUACUUUAAAUCACAGGAUUACACUAUAUAACAAUUAUUUUACUUAAUUUUCAAACUUGAAAGAUUUUCGACGACCUGACAGUAUGGUAUUGUAAACUACCCACCGUACCUACCUACAGUAGGUUUAUAAAUAACUAAGUAUGUUAGUAAUUUUUAUUGAUAGUGCCAACACUAGAGUUUACGUAGUGAUAUAAGGUGUUUGAUUAGUAGUUACCGUACAAAUUUUUAAUAUUAUAUUUAAAAUUUUUUAAAAUAUGCUAGGUACUAAAUCUCAAAAAAAUCAAUGUAUGCAUAUAUAUGCUAAAAAAAUUUCAUUUAUGCAAAUAUAUGCAAAAUAAGUUUGCAUAUUUGAAAUCUAAAUUUCAUAAACUGAAUUUAUAUCAUAUUCAGGUAUACUUUUGAUUAGCAAUAUGCAAAUUAACAUUAGUCAUUAACAUCCGAACUCUAAUUAUCAAUGGUAUUUACAGUUAUGCAGUUUUUAACUAUAAUAUAUUAAACAUUUUAUAUUAAUACACAUGCCUAAUUGCUUAAAUAGUUUUCAUAAUUUCAUAUUUUAGAUUCUGAGUGAAGCGAAGAAGCUUAUGGCUUUACAAAUAUGUUUAUUUAAUUUUUUUUUUUCUGUAGACACCUUUUUUCCAGCAAUUUUGCUGCGAUUCACAAUGAUAGCACUUUUUCUGAAAAGAAAUCUGACAAGAAAAGUACUUUAGGGAGGAGUAAUUUUUCGACUGAUAUUACCCUGCUUUUCAAAGUCAACAAUGAUGGUAGAUCUGUUUGGAGGUUGUUUGAUACUAAAAUGUAAUAUUUUUGCUAUGUUAUCAUUUUAUCAUCAAUAGGAUUUGUUAUCACCUAUUUUAAUGCUGACCACGGUCUUAGAUAAACUUCUAAAGAUCUUCUAAGAUAAUGAUAUUGACCAAUACGGGUAUAUAAAUCCACUUUAAUACUGACAGUUAAUACCACGGCCAUAAAGAUCUAUUUGGACGUAGUUAAUACUCUGGUUUUUUUCACUUUAUCAAUAAUAAUAUGAAACAAUAAGGAAACAAAUAAAACGAAUCUGUUAGGGAAAAAAUAUUCUGUAAUCAUAAUAUUGACUACUGAUAAUAAAUUUUAGUAAGAAAAAUCAAACCUAUCGAACUCAAAGGUAAGAAUAUUAUCGUUUUAAAACUAUGAAAAGUAAUAAAUUAAUUUUUAAAUUCUGAUAUUUCAGAUACUCAUCUCAAUUAAAAAUGAAUUAUCUAUUCCUUUUAAUUGUUAACCUGCAAUUUGGUGAUAGGACAAUUCAUAUAAAUAUUGAAACUAACAGCACACAAUUUUUCCUAUUGAAUGCAGAAUUUGCUGUGUCCGAGACAGUUAAUGUAGGUAUGUGAUCAUGUAUCAGAAUAGUAUUUAAUUACCUAUCUUAUUUCAAAAUUUGAAAUUGAUUUAUUAUUUUCAGAUAUUACUUAAGUGAGUGAUGAUAGCAACAUGACUAACAUUAUGUAUGGAUUCAUAGUAUAAGAAUCGAAAUUCUCUAAGAUUAAAAGCAAAAAUUGUUUGACUAUUUAGAAUGUUUUGUAUAUAAAGUAAGAUAUUUUGUAAAAAUUAUCCUUAAACAUAACAAUAUUGUACACUAUUUUGUAUAGUUUAUCAGUUUAGGUUACAUCAGUUUAACAUAGUUCAUUAAGUAUUUAUCAACUUAAAACACUCAGCAUAUCAUCAUAUUAUUUUUAUAUUUACAAAUUAAAUAGAUUUUUGUUUUAAACAUUUUUCAGGACUGUUUACUACUAUACAGGGACACACAGUAUUUUAUUUUCAGUUUGUCAUUUGUGAAUUAUAAUUAUUAUUUAAUUAUUAUUAUAGGAGUACCUGGUCGGUGGUCAUGGAGGAGUUUUUGGAUGUUAUUCAGUUCUGACUGCAUUAGUAUCAUAUUGUCAUAUUAAAGCAUACGAAGCUUUGUACUACUACGAAAUGUAA